AUGUGGAGACACGACUCCACGUCUAAUGUACAGUGGAUUCGAGAAGUUUUUCGCGUGGUGGCAGAGGUUUCUCGGGAGGAAGAGCUCACCGUGCCUUCCCAGCAGUCACCUUUUCAAACCUCCCGCACUCAUCUUCCAGCCAAUAGUAAUGACGGAUCGCGAGUGAAGAUGGAGCUUUCUUUGAUUUUAUUAUUUGUCAUUUACAAAUACGCCCGAGGACAAGGAGUUUACGCCCCUGCUAAUGCCCAGAUUGUGCAUGCGGGCCAAGCGUGUGUGGUGAAGGAAGACAACAUUAGUGAGAGAGUUUAUACCAUUCGUGAGAAUGACACACUGGUGCUGCAGUGUCUGGUCAAGGGUCAUCCACGUCCACAGGUGCGGUGGACCAAGACGGCAGGCAGCGCAUCAGACAAGUUCCAGGAGACAUAUGUUUUCAAUGAGAUUCUGCGCAUUGACAGAAUCCAGCGGGUGCAGGGUGGCCGCUAUUACUGCAAAGCAGAGAACGGGGUCGGGGUGGCUGCUAUCAAGUCCAUCCGAGUAGAUGUGCAAUACCUUGACGAACCUGUACUGACAGUGCACCAGACCGUAAGUGAUGUGCGUGGGAAUUACUACCAGGAAAAGACGGUUUUCCUGCGCUGCACGGUCAACUCUAAUCCUCCAGCGCGUUUCAUCUGGAAACGUGGAGACAAACAAAUUGAACAGAGCAAAGACAAUGGAGUGGAUAUUUAUGAACCACUGUACACACAGGGUGAGACUAAGGUGCUGAAGCUGAAGAACCUGCGUCCUCAGGACUUUGCGAACUACACGUGCCAAGUGUCUGUCCGCAAAGUGUGUGAUAUACCAGAUACUUCUGUGACCUUCCUCUUAACCAACGCAACCACUCCCCCUGCACUGCGUCUGAAUGUAAAUGAAACCUACGUGGUGGAUCCUGGGCGGGAUGUUACGCUCUCUUGUGAGGUGACAGCUGGCUUCCCCAAACCUGUGGUGACCUGGUCCCGCUACCCUGGCCCCCUCCCACGGCGGGCCGUCGUCCGCAGGGGCUCUCUAACCCUUCAGUCAGUCAGUCCAGCAGACUCGGGCUUCUACAACUGCACCGCUGUCAACAAUGUGGGUAACCCGGCACGGAGAAAUGUCAACCUUAUCAUCAGAACCAUGAAGAACCUGACAUUCCAGAUCACCCCUGAUCCCAACAAAGACAGCGAGAGUAUCCAGAUGGGUCGUGACCUCAAGAUCUCCUGUCACGUGGACGCACAGCCACAGGACAAGGUCAACUACACCUGGUACAAGAACGGUGUGCCCAUCCAGCCCUCCGACAGCCUGAUCUUACUGCGCAGUGACCCGGAUAUGCCCUCUGGCACCAGCAGCCUGGAGAUCGUGGAGAUGAAGUUCCGUGAUCAGGCCACAUACAGCUGUGUGGCCAAGUUCCCUGGCAGCAGUGUGCCAGAGCUCAGAGUGGACGUCAACAUUACACAGAGUAGUGUCACUCCUCCAGUUCUGUCGGUGCCGGUGGGUGGGGCUGUAGUUAAUGUGAGUGAGGGAGGUGUGGCAGAGCUGGUGUGUCUGGUGGAUGGGAAACCACGUCCUCCUGUGCUCUGGUCUCGUGCGAACAAAGACCUGCCUAUGCCGUCAGGUGAUUGGAUAGUGGAAACGCGUGACGGGCACCUCCGGCUUACUAACAUCUCUCGUGACCUCAUGGGAGACUAUCGGUGCCAGACAGCACCUUACAAUGGCUUGAACAUCAAACGCCGUUUUGCUCAGGUUAAACUCAACGUCGAAUAUGCUCCCAUUGUGGACCCUGUCUCCAAGGACGUUCGCUCGCCUAACUACCAAACAGUGAUUCUGCGCUGUACAGUCCUGAAAGCCAACCCGUCUCGUCUGGCCAGCGUACGCUGGUAUCGUAAUGGUGUACAGAUCCGCACUCCCACCGUGGAUCUGCAGGACGUUCCGCCACUGCGCUUCAAACUGGAUCCCACCAACAAUGGCACAUAUGAGUGUAGGAUCUUUAAUGGGGUUGGUUCAUCCAGCUGCACCUUCAACGUGUCCGCCCGACCGUACAGCGCAGAGUUCUACUACGACACACCCAACCCAAUCCGCAUUCUCAAAGGCAACAAUUAUUCCUACAAUCUACAGUGGACACAAAAAGAGCCAGGAGCAGUGGACAGGGUCAUUGGAUACUGGAUCAGCGUUCGACAGAAUGGACAGAGAGUGCUAUCGAGGCAGAUAAACGUGAAGGAGCCAGUGAAGGGUGUGUUAAUGUCCUACACACUGAUUGAUCUGCGUAUCCCUCUCUCCUAUGAGGUGGGUCUCACACCCAUCACUACAUUCGUGAGAGGAGACACCAUCACCCGCAUCAUCCGCUACUCAGAGCCUUACACUUUUCUCAGACCUUCAGAUCAUGUGUGUGGUUUCGAGGAUUCCAGGAUCUGUGGUUAUUCUCAGGACCGCACUGAUGACUUUGACUGGACCAGACAGAGUUUCCUGAGCCAGAACCCCAAACGCUCAGGGCCUGCCACUGACAGGAGGGGGACUAAAGAGGGAUAUUACAUGUACAUAGAGACAUCACAGGCCCGUAAGAAAGGGGACAGAGCCCGACUUCUCUCACCACUCUACAAUGUCACAGUGGCCAGGGGACCAACUGGCUCCACCCGCCUGCCAUACUGCAUCUCCUUCUACUACCACAUGAAUGGCAGACAAAUUGGGACACUGAACGUGCUGCUGCGAGUGAACAGCAUUGCCACGGUGAGUUCACUGGUCUGGACUCGGUCCGCAUCUCAAGGCCCCAGCUGGAAGAAGGCCAAUGUGGAGAUUUAUCCCAGUGGAGCUUUCCGGGUGAUUUUUGAGGGGAUACGAGAAGACAGCUUCGAGGGACACAUCGCCAUUGCCGAUGUAGCAGUCACUAAAGGGAAAUGCAAGCAGGACAGCGUUUCCAACACAGGGUUAAAUACGACAGGUGUUCUUGACUCGGCCGAUGCCCCCGAGUCAUCGGAAAGACAGCUGGAAAAGGUUUACGCGCCGCACCCCGCAGACAUAUACAGUGGCUUCUACACUCUUUUUGUGUACACCGACAUAAUCCAGCAUCAAGCUGUGGGUGACUAUUUCGUUCCGCUGUUGAGAUGCGUACAUAUAUCGGGGAAAAGCAACGAGAUAGUCACUAUUAGAUACGAGAAGGCGCACUACGUACCUGUGUCUAAAUCACACAUCAACGACAUCGCUAUAGAAGUAAAGACCGAUCAAGAUGAGAAAGUGCCUUUUAGAUACAGCGGGGCAUAUGGACGUAACGGACCCUGGUGGCGAAAAUCAUGGACUGACAAAAAGAGCCGCAUUUACAAACGCCAGCAACGUGGUGGAGCUGUUGACACCGAUCCAUAG